AUGACAGUCUUCGCCAGCAAAGAAGCCCUCACAAGCCUGGGGCUCGAGCACCUCCAACCCUCGCACGCCCACCUCUCCCAAGACUGCACCAUCUGCACGCGGCCCCUCGCCCUCACACCUCCACACACCGCCCACCCAACCAAGUCCCACCGCGCCGUCCGCAUCGUCGCCUGCGGCCACAUCCACGGCCUCGAGUGUCUCUCCGCGUGGCUCGAUGUCGGAAACUCUUGCCCGACGUGCAAGCGCAUGCUCUUCUCCGCCUCUGGCAAUGCGAUCACGGACCAGGAUGUCGCUGAUGUGUUGGAGAUACUGGGUCCGCGGUAUGGUCAGCGUAGGGUGUUGGCGGCGGUUGCGCGGAUUGUUGCUAAGGGUGAGGUGGAGGGAGAGAGGCUGAGGCACCUGGGAGAGCUAGAGAGGGAGAGGUUGAGGGUUCAGGAUGGGCGGGUGAAGAGUGCGGGGUUCACGCUCUCUGGGGAGGACUUUCUGGAGAGUGGGGAUGAGAUGGGUUGGGAUGGGGAGGAUGAUGAUGAUGACGAUGAGGGUGACUUUGGGGUGAUGGAUGUUGAGGAGGAUGAUAGGAAGUGA